AUGGUGUUUUACGAGCGAGGUGAGACUAUCUCUGGGGGCAACUUCCAGAGAGAAUACCCUGCGAAGGUGCUGGACUACUUGGCGAUCGGAGUGCACGAGUUGGCGGCCAUCAGCGAGCGGAGGAUCGAGCGGCUGUGCAACCCGUCCCUGAGCGAGCUGCCUGCGUUCCUCGUGAACGAAGGAGGCCUCAACUCGGGCUUCAUGGUCGCGCACUGCACCGCCGCCUCACUCGUGUCGGAGAACAAGUGCCUGUGCCACCCUUCCUCCGUCGACUCCCUCUCCACCAGCGCAGCCACCGAGGACCACGUGUCCAUGGGCGGCUGGGCGGCGCGCAAGGCCCUGCGCGUCAUCGAGCACGUGGAGCAGGUGUUGGCCAUAGAGCUGCUGGCCGCGUGCCAGGGCAUCGAGUUCCUGCGGCCUCUGUGCACAACCACCCCACUGGAGAAAGUCUACGACCUGGUCCGCAGCACCGUCAGGCCCUGGAUAAAGGACCGCUUCAUGGCUCCGGACAUAGAGGCGGUGCACCGGAUGCUCGUGGAGGAGAAGGUAGAAGCAGCGCAGCAGCGGAGGGGCUCCGUUUUGCAGGUGGCCGAGCCGUACAUCAACUGCUACCGGCUCAAGGACCUGCCCGAGUCGAGGCCCGAUUCGCCGACGGCGUGCUCGCUCGGCUCGCCCUCUUUGUCCGUGCCAUGUGCCAGCAUGAUUUUAACUCGAGAUCAAGACGAAGGCGUCAUCCUGGCCAAAGCCAUCAAUGACAUCACUUUAUACCCUCUGCCGGCUGCUGCACAGUAG